GUGACCGCCCGUUUACGUGAUGACGUCGGAUGUAUAUGAGCGCAGGCGGCGGGAUCUCUCUCCCUUUUACCGCCAUCGGAGCGGAGUCUCUUUUCUUCACUGCGUAGUGUCCCUCGUCUAGUCCAGUCUCCGGUCUCAGAGCGAAGCAUCACCUGAAACUCAGCAAAAAUGGCAGACAUUGAUAACAAAGACCAGGCUGAGAUGGAUCCGGCAGACAUGGAGGAUGUGGAGGACGUAGAAGAGGAGGAGACAUGCGAGGAUGAAAACAGCAAAGCUCGUCAGCUCACUGUUCAGAUGAUGCAGAAUCCACAGAUCCUGGCAGCGCUGCAGGAGAGGCUCGAUGGUCUGAACGGCUCACCGUCGGGUUACAUGGAGAGUUUACCAAAGGUCGUGAAAAGACGUGUAAAUGCCCUGAAAAACCUGCAGGUGAAAUGUGCCCACAUCGAAGCCAAGUUUUAUGAAGAAGUUCACGAACUUGAGAGAAAGUACGCAGCUCUCUAUCAGCCUCUCUUUGACAAGAGAAGUGAGAUCGUGUCAGCAGCUUAUGAGCCCACAGAUGAGGAAUGUGAAUGGAAGGCAGAUGAGGAGGAAGAGCUGACAGUAAGUAAGCAGGAUGAGAUGAAGGAGAAGGCAAAGUUGGAGGAAGAGAAGAAGGACGAGGAGAAGGAAGACCCCAAAGGCAUCCCAGAGUUCUGGUCAACGGUUUUCAAAAAUGUGGACCUGCUCAGCGACAUGCUGCAGGAACACGAUGAACCCAUCCUAAAACAUUUACAAGAUAUUAAAGUAAAAUUCUCCGAUCCAGGACAGCCGAUGAGCUUCACAUUAGAGUUCCACUUUGAGCCCAAUGAGUUCUUUACAAAUACAGUGUUAACAAAAGUCUACAAAAUGAGGUCGGAACCAGACGAAAGCGACCCGUUCUCCUUUGAUGGACCAGAGAUCAUGAGUUGCACAGGCUGCACGAUUGACUGGACAAAGGGAAAGAACGUCACAUUGAAAACAAUCAAGAAGAAACAAAAGCACAAGGGUCGCGGGACCGUGAGGACGGUCACCAAAACUGUCCCCAACGACUCCUUCUUUAACUUCUUCAGCCCACCGGAAGUCCCAGAAAAUGGAGAACUGGAUGAGGACUCUGAAGCGGUUCUAACAGCAGACUUUGAAAUCGGCCACUUCAUCCGGGAGCGCAUCGUACCCAGAGCUGUGCUGUACUUCACGGGGGAGGCCAUCGAGGAUGACGAUGACGAUUAUGAUGAAGAGGGAGAAGAGGCAGAUGAUGAGGAAGGUGAAGAGGAGGCUGAUGAAGAGAACGACCCAGACUAUGAUCCCAAGGUUUAAAUGGUGACUAUAGAAAAAUAACCCUAUGCUGAAGGAUGCAGCCCCCCCAGCUGAGUGCAAGCAACAGUGAGGCCUCUCCUGGCUGCCAUGAGGAUUGACUGCACUGUAACUGCUUCUCAAAUUCAAAAAGGAAAAAUAAAAAAAAAUAGUUAUCGCCUUAUAAUGUUUUGUAUUUUUCUUGGUAGGGAAUUUGAAGACAAAGUUCAAAGAUUUUUGUUACAAAAACAAUGGUAAUAUACCGGGAGCUGUUUGGCUCAAUAUACAUAGUAUUUUACUAGACCUGUUCUCCUUUUCCUCCUCUGUACAAUAGGUUCCAGGAAAAUAUUUCCCUCAUAAAGCAUGGACUUUCUUCACUGAUUAACUAGUUUGGGUUUUGUGAAGUUUUUGGGUGUUUGCUCUUAGACAACAGCUGUGGUUUAGACUGCAACCCAGUAGCAUUGAAUCGCAUCAAACACUGACCCUCAUCACAUCUGCUCAUCAGAACUCUAGGUUGGUUGUUCCGGGUAAUCCCCCCCACUGUUUACUCUCAAGUAGGGGCUUCAGGACUUAAAAAGAACUGUAGCAUUCCCAAACCUUGUAGAAUGCUCAGAAACGUUCCAGAUUGUAGGAUUCAGAGUUGAAGUGUGACCUGUUCUCAUGCUUUCCACUUGAUACAUUCCAGUACAUGGACUGGUUGGACAGGCGGUGAGUCUGCCACUCUUAACUGGACAGAAUUACUGAAGCUCCUUUGGCUGGGCACAGCCCGAUAAUCUCCAACAUUCCAGAGAGUUCUCAACAGUUUUGUGCUUCAGACUCCUCAUAGGCUCACUGUGGUCUGGCUGCCGUCUCGUCUGUUGCACUUUGUAUUAGUGUGUGGUGUACCAGUGGUGUGCUGUCAUCAGAGUAUUCCUCGUAAGCAGAACUUUGACACCUUCCGUCUGAAGUGCUUAAAGCCUGCCACACACGAGAGCAAUCGGCUGAGCUAACGGCCUCGAAUGACCAUUUGCUUAGCAGAUUGCUCGCCGUGUGCGCCUGAUUUUCAGAGUUUUCCGCCUCACGAGACGCUGAGCCAAAUAUCUGACAGUCAGAUAUUUUCCCCCUCACGGGGGGUAGAAACAUGCCGUGUGCGCACUACUGAGCUGCUGGCUGAGCUGAAACAUUGUAGUGGCCAGUCAAAGUGGCAAAUGGUCAUUCGAGGCCGUUGGCUCAGCCGAUUGCUCUCGUGUGCGGCAGGCUUAAGGGGUGGUGGUAUAAUGGUGCUCUGGAGACUUGUCUAAGUGAUUUACUUACUGGAUGAGGCCCGCUUUCAGAAGCUUUAUUGAUGUGGGCCGAUGUAGCAUAGGGGACCAAGAGGAAAGUGUCAGUGACAUACAGGUUAGUCCCUUUUAUUCAAACCUUUCAUGUGUGUGGACAUUAAACUACCAAACUUAAGCUUAGCUUUUGAGGUCUGUUGUACAUUCUUCUAAAUCACUGUGAAAAAAAACUAUUAUGGGGGCAUAAUGUUAAAGACCUCACCUCAACCCUUUUCGUUUCUUACCCAUAAUGCCACGAGAGGUUGUCAGAGCAAUACUUCCAAGUUAGGAACCACCCAGAGGAUUGCUAUCCCUUACCAUUAAAUUCAGAAUGCCUUCUCAGUUCAUUGUGGAUUGAUGGUAUUGUCUCCACCAUGGACAGUUGGGGUACCUCUUAUUUUGAUGAAGUUGCACCAUGUUCAUUUGGGGGAGGUUUCUGUAAGGUCUUUCUGAGCAGCUGUUGUCAAGGCAAAAUGCUAUGCUACAAAAUACUAAUGUACUCAAUAACUAUGUGUAUGUUCCUGAAUAAAUUAGUUAAACAUA